UUCGUCAAAGUUCGCACUUGUUGUUUGUUGUGUGCGCGCGGCAAUGCGUGAUAAGCCGAUUCCAAACAAACAAUAAAGUUCUUCAUAAUCAAGUAGUCCUUGUCCGCGAGAGGACCUCCAGGUCAGAGUGUCCUAGUUGUGCGAUUUAUUGAUCAGAAUGGCUGAAUAUGAGGAGUGGCCGGCUGGUAUUCCACCUUGGACUUAUUGUAUGGAAAUUAUAAAACAAUCAAACUUGAAGAUCCGUCUGCUCCCUUUCUUUCAAAGUGUGGUGUUAUACUUCCUGGUGGCCAGAGACGAGGAUGGGGUGAUGGGUGCGGGGGCCCCAGAGCAGAUCGGCAUUGUGUGGGACGUGACACUGGUCCGGAGGGCGGUGGUGAAGAUGGCGCCGGUGUCCAGCCUGGUGUUCCUGCUCACUCUGCAGCUGCAGGACUCCUGCCAUCCACAAGCCGUCUGGUACUGCCGCAAGAUCUGCCUGGGUCUGUUCAUGUCAGGAAUAGGAGAUGCCCUCCUAGUCUGGAACUACCUGGCCAAAGGCAUGUUCUUCUUCGCAAUUGCCCACAUCCUCUACAUAUCUGCAUUCACCUUCAAACCCUUGUGCAUUCCUCUAGGAUUCAUACUGUUUGUGUGCACAGCAAUCUACAACAGUUUUCUGACCCCUCCUGAAGAUCUGAAGUACCUUGUGCCGAUAUACAGCAUGUUCCUUGCAUCAAUGGCGUGGAGGGGCGUGGCGCGGGCUCGGAGCGGCGGACAGAGUGGAUUGGCUUCCGCGGUGGGGAGCGUGUCCUUUCUGGUGUCCGAUAUGGUUCUCGCCUACACCAUGUUUAAUGAACCGUUGGAGUAUGGCAGGAUCAUCGUGAUGUCUACGUACUACUUCGGUCAGCUCUGCAUCGCCCUGAGCGCCGUAGAUCUGGCGCGCCGUCCCCUCGCUUACGACAGAGACGACUAGACACAGACUACCACCAACUAGGAGCGGACGUGGCGACGGGUGACGACUGCGUGUCGGUAAGCAAUCUCGGGAGUGAAGCUGUUACAGCGCCAUCUUGUGAGAGAGCUAGCUGCUAUGCGAUAUUAUGGGCGAAGUUUUGCGCGACACUAACGCCAUCUAGUGAAUAUUUGUUGAUAAGAUCAUGACAAAAAAUACUUCGCAGCUUUGUAUGAGAUUGUUUAUUGAUGCGUCGUCGGAAUUAUUAGUUUGUAAGAUUCAUGUUGUACUUGGUAUUUGUCGUAUAGAGUAGUCUUCCUGAAAUCAGAGCACAAGUUGAGUUGAUUUAAGCCAAAAUGCUCAAUUAUUCGGUAAUUUUCGAGUACUUGUGUUCAUAUACUAUGGAAUCUCAUUUAAAUCUAAACUGAAGUAUAUUUUGGUCACGUAGACUUCCAAUGCAAUGUUUUAUAAAUUUAUUAUUCUGUCAUUUACAGUUAUUACUAGCACGUAAGAAAAACUUAUCAUGUUUUAGACCAACAUUAAUGCAAGUUUUUGAAUCAAUUUACAUCAUGUCUCAUAUUUCAGUAUUAUAGAACGCUAUAAGACUAUUUUAUGACCUUCGUCAAUUUUGAAUUGUUAAUUGGCACAACUCUUCUUACUAAUAACGACUAACAACCAUCAGUCUGUGAUGUGGUAUGACAUGUAACUACAUAAUAGUAUUUAAGUAAUUGAUUAUUUUAUUUUUUUCUUUAUAUUGUUAUAGUGUAUGCAAAGUGUAUGUAGUUAAUGAAGAGCAUGGUAUGUGCCAAAUAAGCUCUGACAGAGUUAUUCCAAUUAAUUGUGAAUGCGUUUAUAACUAUAAACAAAGAUUAAUAUAAGAAAUGGUUACCAUUUAUAUUAUUAUAUUUUCAGUUCUAUGUUCAUGUAUGUUAGGUUCUAAGCCAAAGGCAUGCUUUCGAGUAUUUAUAUUGCAUACAUUUAUUAUGAUACUCAUUUCAACAUGAGAGUAAAGUAAGUACAUAAGAAGUUAUAUAAACAAGUCGAAGAUACUUGUGCAUUUUUUGUUUGUUGCAAUCUUGACACAAGAUGGAGUAAAAGUUUGAUAUUGGAUAAAUGUAUGUAACCAAGACUAAAAUGGCUUUAAUAAGAACUGGGAAAGGCAGAGAUAAGACUAAAGAGUGUAAUUUGUAGGACCCGGUGAAACGAACGAGCUUCAAAGGCCAAAGGCAAAGUGGACAAAAAUGACUGGCUAGUGUUGUAGGCUACAACUUGUAGCAUAAAAUAUAUUUAGAUCUGGAAGUGAAUAAAAUAUAUCAUACAUUCCGGAGAGGAGGGUUGAGAUGUGUAUUUAUAAAUCAAAGUAGAUUAUAAUGAUUUUGUUACCACGUUUUCUUAAAAAAUGAACACUUUUAUAAGAAUGUUCCAAUGAAAUUGGCUUCCUGUUGGAUCUAGUAAACAUGUCAAAACUUUUCUACCUAGUUUUUAAGUUAGAAAAAUCGUUGCACAUAUUAUUUAUACCUUUAUUAUUUGCUUAGCUUUAUUAUUUCAUUAUUAUUUUAAUCAGAGUUUUAUAGUCAAAGUUAUUUAAUCAAUGUUUUAUUAAUAAUUAUAACAACUACCUAUUAUCUAUCCACCUGUGACAAAGGCACUAAGUAUUAAUGUUAGUGUAGUUAAGAUUGUUUGUUGUCUGUAGCUGCGUCGAUAUUGCGACAGAUGUAUUACGAUUUUACGGUACUGUCUUAGCAGAGUUAUUUAUCUUCGAUAUCACUGCUAAUACAUAUAUGUUCGAUAUAACAUCUGUAUCCGAAUUAUGAUGAUAUCGAAGUUAAAUAAUACUUUUAAAUGUCAAAUAUUCAGACAUGUGUGUAAACAGGUAAAAUAAAUGUAUGGCCUGUGCAUGAUACAGUAGCCACCUCUCAUUUUUGUGGUUGUUGCAACUUGAUAUCGUGUUCAAUAAAGAGCAUAUGAAAAGUA